AUGGACGUUUGGAAGCUUCUUCAGAUGGUUCCAACUUUUAAAAACUUCCAGAUAAAAAGUGAAGACCUUCUCAAGAUUCUUGAACCUCUCGAUUGGGAUGAUGAUUGGCCUGAAUCUCAGAUUACAUGGCGAUACGCAAGAGUCGACUCUUUUGAUGGCGCAGAGCGAAAUAUUGAAAAAGAAAUGAACAUAUUGCUAGGAAAAAAUGGUGAAGCAGGCAAGCAGGAGCACAUCAACGGGCACAAUGACGACUCGUUCGGCAUUAUGGAGUUUCUCAACCCGCUUCAGAAAUUCUUUGCGUGUGCUUUAAUAAAUGAUACGUCAACCAAUCUAACAGUGCAAAUUUGUUUGCUAGGACCACAAGGUAGAGUGGCAUUGUUUGAUACGAGCAAAAAUCAAUCUAAUUAUGUUCCCGGUUCAAAGUGUGACAGAAGAUAUAAGAACGACAAAAAAUUGUGUGUUGCUCUUAGCCGAAGGGAAGAAUCUUAUCAAGGAAGUCAGGAAGACUUUGUUGAAGACGUGAAUCAGAUAAGAAACCAAUAUGCAUAUAAAUUCAGCGUUCACAAUAUGCAUCAAUUGAUUUGGAGUGAAGACUUGGUUAAAACUCUUGAAUCCUUCGAAUAUACAAAUCCGCGGCCAGAUGCACCACAAACAACUUGGAGAUACACGGCUAUAACAACUUACAGCGAAAAACCUUAUAUUGAAUAUGGACUGAAAAAGUUUUUUGAGGACAGUGUAGAGAGUCAGGAGAAACAAAUUGAUGAACAAGUUGACAAAACUGUUUGGUUACUGGAAUUUCUGAAUCCUCGUCAGAAGUUUAUCGGAUGCGGCCCGAAACCCGACGGGAAUCGCAUUGUUAUAGUUUGCCUAAUGGGACCAGAAGGUAACUAUACUCACCUCAAUUCCACCCGUCUAUCGAUUGAUGCUCCUGAAUCAGAGUGCGAUGAUGGUUAUAAACGAUAUAAAGGCCUAUGCUCGAUUCCGACGACAACAACUCCUCCACAGGAAACGAAGCAAACUGCAGCACCUCAAGUGGCGAGUGCGGGAAACCAGAUCCACAAGUUUUAUGUCGUCAUUUUCGUGAUCGAGAGUAGAGGACUUGUGGAUAUUCUGAAACCGCUUGAUUGGAGAGAGUCUCAGCCGGAAGCUCAAAAGACAUGGAGAUACGCUAAAUUAGAGUUGAAUGAAACUGCAAUUGGUGAAAAAAACACACAUUUUGGCUUAUGGAAAAAAAAACGUCCCGGAAUAUUUUUGUAUUUUAUUCUUAUAAAAAAUUAUCAAUAUAUGGGGCGGGAGGCUGAGAAUGAGUCCCUCACGAGACCAUUCAAAGGGUGGGUUAAAAUCUGGAGUAAUCACCUUCUGAAAAUUCUGGAACCGCUUAAUAUGGAUAAUACACCUUUGCCUGAGGCUGGAAAGACCUGGAGAUACGCUGGGUUAGAAUCGUUCAGAAUUGCAAUUAACCGCACAAAAUAUGCAAAUAUCACGAAAGGUUACGUAGAACGGUAUUCAAUGCAAGAGCUGGAAUUUCUCAACCCGCUUCAAAGAUUUGUCGCAUUUGGUUCGAAGACUCAACUGGAAAAAAUUUUUUUAGCUUUUUUAGUAGGACCAGAAGGUAGAUACACAAUCUUUGGUGCAAGCGGUAAUUCAAAAAAGGUUCCCGGAUCUGAGUGUCAUAAGAGAUAUAAAAACGACGACGGGUUAUGUGUUCCAAACAAUGAAAAAGAGGAGUCAUAUUAUGGACACCCACGAGAUAUAAUCGAAGAUGUUAAUCAGAUAAGAAAGGAUUAUUCAAAUAAAUAUAAUGUGCCCAAUAUGCAUCAAUUGAGAUACAUGAAUGAAAGUGGAGUUUGUGUUGCAAUUAAACCAGAAGAAGAAUCUUAUUUUGGACGUCAGUCGGAUUUCAUGAGUGAUAUCAAUCAGAUAAGAAGACGUUAUGCAAAAGAAUAUAGACUCUCCAACAUGCAUGCAUUGACUUGGAACGACAAGCUCGCUGAAGUUUUAGAGCCUCUCGGAAUGGAUGAUGUGAAGGCUCAAGCUAAGAAAACUUGGAGAUAUGGAGCAAUAAACACAUAUGACAAUACUAUCUAUCAUAUUAAAGCGGAUGUUACUCAAUUUUUCGAAAUGAAUAGAACCGCGAAAAAGGUUCAUAUCGAAUAUUUAUCGUACAAAGGCACAAUGGACAGAUUGGAAUUUCUUAAUCCUCUGCAAAACACCAUUGCUUGUGGACGGAAAGAGGAGAAAGGAACUUAUAUUAUCUGCUUGUUGGGACCAGAAGGAAACUUCACAAUCUUUGAUACGACUUUUCAAUCACAGUUGAGUGCUGGAUCAAAGUGUAAUAAAGGAUAUUACAAUGAAGAUGGUCUAUGUUCCGUGCAAAUACCAACUCAAGAACCAAUCAUUGACUACAGAAAAAUGGCUGAGGAAGAAAGAAAUAAAGCAUUAACUGAGGAGCCAGAGCCGGAGCCAAUUCUCGAAAAUCAUGCAAAUGGAAUAUGUUUGAGUUUUCUACUUGCUUUUCUUCUGGCUAACUUGAUUUUCAACAUUUAA